UUCUUCACUUAAGUGCAAGAUCUGAGCACUUCUCCACCUCAAAUGUGCUUUCAACCUGUGUUUCACCGGAAAUGACACCGCCUCUUUUGGUCAGGAAUCAAACAGCCAACCAGUCCCCUAAAGAGGUGUAGCCUGCAUGAUGUCUCUUUGAUACAACUCUGAAGCGAAUACAACCAAACCCGAGUGGUUCCAGAAGCUGUUAAUUGUAAGGAUGGAUCUAUCCUGGGCUUUCUCCGUGUGUCUGGACAGCCGCAGCCUGCUCCUCUUCACCCUGGUCCUCCUGCUGGUGGCCCUGGGUCUGAGGUCCCGUCGGCCCAGAAGCUUUCCUCCAGGCCCCUGGGCUCUUCCUCUGGUGGGGAAUAUGCUCUCUCUUGACUUCAACAAUCUCCACAACGACAUGACCAAGUUGGCAGAGCAGUAUGGGAACGUGUACAGCCUGAAGAUGGGCCAUGUGUGGACGGUGGUGUUGAACGGCUUCAGCACUCUGCAGGAGGGUCUCAGCAAAGGAGAUCACAUGAGCGACCGCCCUGCUUUCCCCAUCCAUACUGAUGUGUUGCCUGAUCUAGGUAUUGUUUUUGCUAGUGGAUAUUCGUGGAAGCAACAAAGGCAGUUUGCCCUCUCCACUCUCAAAUACUUUGGUGUUGGCAAGAAAUCACAUGAAUCUUCCAUACUGGAGGAAUUUAGGUACAUGUCCAAAGAAAUCGCUAGUCAUAAAGGCAAACCCUUCAAUCUACAGUUUUUAAUGAAGAACGCCGUCUCCAACAUCAUCUGCUCCCUGAUCUUUGGCCAUCGCUUUGACUACAAGGAUGAGAAGUUUCUGCAGUUGAUAACGUUGUUGGACAAAGGGGUCCAGAUUGAAGGAUCCAUUUGGGCACAGCUGUACAACUCCUUUCCUGUGCUGAUGAGGCGUUUGCCGGGGCCACACCACACUCUUCAAAAGGGUUAUCGUGAUAUAAUGGACUUCAUAAAAACAGAAAUUAAUAAGCACAGGGAAGACUGGAACCCCUCUGAUCCUCGAGACUUCAUUGACUGUUUCCUGACUGAGAUUCAGAAGCAUCAGGACAAGAGGGAUGAUGAGCUAGACGCUUGUUUUGAUGAAGGCAACCUGGUGAAGUGUUCGUUUGAUCUGUUCGGAGCUGGCACUGAGACCACCUCCAUCACCCUGCGCUGGGGUGUGCUCUACAUGGCAAAGUACACCGAGAUUCAGGAGAAGGUCCAGGAGGAGAUAGACAGCGUGAUUGGACAGUCCAGAGAGCCGUCCAUGGAAGAUCGUCCAAACAUGCCCUACACUGACGCCGUCAUACACGAGAUCCAGAGAAUUGGAAACGUAGUUCCUUUCAACCUGCCUCAUGUGACCAACAAGGACGUUCAGAUAGGAGGCUACACAAUCCCAAAGGGAGUUAUAGUAGUGCCCAACCUGACCUCGGUGCUGUUUGACAAGAAUGAGUGGGAGACGCCCAACACCUUCAACCCAGGACACUUUCUGAACAAGGAGGGGAAGUUUGUGCAGCGAGCUGCUUUCAUCCCUUUCUCUGUGGGUAAACGGGUGUGUCUCGGGGAGAACCUGGCCAGGAUAGAGCUCUUCCUCCUCUUCACCUCCUUCCUGCAGCGCUUCACCUUCUCCAUGCCUCCGGGUGUGGAGGCUGUGUUCAAGCCCCGUGUCAGCAUCUUCCUCUCACCCCAACCCUACCAAAUCUGUGCCACUUUACGUGAAGAGUGACACACCUCAUCAACACAAUUUCCAGAAAUAUUAGAAAAUAUUCAUUUAUAAAUAUUUCUUGGAGCAGAAAAAUACGACAGCGACGAUGUAAUUGCUAAUGUUUAGGAUAGAUGUUGCCUAUCUACAUUGCACGUCCAGCAGAAUUAGAGCUUUAUUAGCAUUCAUUGGUAUUUUCAAUUUCAGACCAAUAUACACCCUUGCUUUGGUCUCUAACAACUUACCUUAAAACAUAUGGAUGUAUCGCUUAGUUGUGGUCUGCCAUUUGAUUAUUUUCGGGUUAGGUGGAGGUUUAAGAUAACAACAAAAACUGUAUAAUCAGGGAUUCAGGGUCUCUGUAGACCGUGUUGUUUCUUUUGAAUAAAUGUCUUAUAUACUGUAAUUGUACGAGGAGACGCAUUAAAUAUUGUUGUGGGUCUGCAAGGUCUUUAUUGUUAAUUGUGCCUUGUCCCCUGGGGUUUCUUAAAGGCACGCAUGGAUUUGUAUGACAUUUAAAAAAAACAAUAUAAUACAACUUUUUAUAGUAACAUCUGUAAAACCCUAAAGGAGGAAAUCUCCCACGACAUCUGGAGCUUCUGAAUCAAAGAAGGUCAUACUAAGGCCUCUUACAUAAGACAUAAAGAAAUGCAAUAGGCUAAACAAGGUCACCAAACUGGGUGCUAGGUAAGAGGGCAGAUAUCAGGACAACACGGUGAUAAGAAUAAAAAAGUCAGCCACACUGCAGUUCUGUUAUAUUGUGAGUAUUUUAGUCAGAAAUGAUGUAAGCUUGGUCAGAAAUUACCCUAUCCUGUCAUUCACACAGCUAUUCUACUAGAAAAAUGUAUGUUUGUUUCAGUUUAACUUUAUUGGAAAUAUUCCUGUGAACUCUUUGACUACAGUAUCACACAGACAGUCCUUAUUAUUUGACAAUCAGUGACAACCUGACUGUAAAAAGUGUUCUUAAUAUUGUCACCAUUUCAAGAAGUUUUAUUACUUUCAGCUGCCAUACACAUAAAUGACAAAUAAUGAAUCCAUUGCAAAUUUUAUAGACUUAUAAAUAUGUGCUCAUGAAAUUUUAAAUAUAGUGGUGAUUAAAUAAACUCGUUGUUACAG